CAAUCAACAAAAAGUCUUCUUUAUGAACCAGCAUUGAAACGUACUAUUCAAGUAUUUAUGAGAAAAUUACUUGUACAAUUACUUGUUGAAUUACCACGUAUUGGUAGUACAACAAUAUAUGGAAAUUUAAAUAAAAUUAUUUUAGCAACAAAACGUUGGUCACUUAUUGAUACACGUUUAUAUAUUAAAGUUAUACUUGAACAUUUACAAUUAAAGGAUUUAAUAUCAACAAUAUGUUCAGAAUUAAUAUCAAUUUAUCAUUGCUUAUGA